GCUAAAAAUGGACCUGCUGAACGUCAGUACUCCGCAGUUUGUGGAGUCUGGCGCUCAAAACAACAUUGGUAGUGCCCCUUUAGCGACUUUUGCUACGGACCCAGAUAAAGUAAUAAACAUUAAAACUGAUAGUACCCAGGUUGGAGGAAGUGUGAAUGAUGAGGAACUCUUGAAAGGCCUCCUUACUGACCAACACUGCCAUGUGUGUGAAGCUGUGCUGCUGUUUGAGUCUCACCGGCUGUCACAUUAUCAGGGGAAAAAACAUGCCCAAAAGUUGAAGCUGUACUUGCAUAACAAGAGAGAUGAAAUGAGGUGUACAGAUUCGGCUGGACUACUGCACUGCAUGCCGACCGAUAAAGAUCGUUUUUGUGAGCUGUGUAGCAUGGUGUUUACGUCUCCUGUGGUAGCAAAAUCUCAUUAUGAAGGCAAAGUCCACGCCAAAAAUCUCAGAAAACAAAGCCUUCAGAAGCCAGAGCAAAACACAGAGGUCAGUAUUUUACCAAGUUCUUUGGUGGACCGUCCUAAUGAAGACCACAUCUCAGGAUCAGUGAACAAUACAGAACUGGCAACUAAUUCAAAUGUAGCCAGUUCAGAUCCAAACAAGUACUGUGUUUUGUGUGAAGCCUCCUUCAAUAAUCCCCAAAUGGCGCUGCAACACUACAAUGGCCGCAAGCACCAAAGGAAGAAGGCCAGACAGGAGAUGUUCAAAGAGCUUGAACAUGUUCAUGAAGGCAACACGGAUUCCGAAAACCCUCUGUCAUGCGCUAUAUGUAAUUUGCAAUUCAACUCUGUGGAGAUGUACCAAGCCCAUAUGCAGGGGAACAAGCACCAUAAAAGGAAAAAAAAGGUCUUCAAAGUGUGCAAAUCCCGAGAGAAAUCCUACAGCACAUUUACCGAUGAACUUGCACAUUACAUCGAAGUACAGAAAGCCCGUGGACUCUCACCCAAGAUUGGCCAGACUCUGUCUAAGACUGAACCGCAGAAAGGAGGUGGUCAAGUAGAAACGGUAGCAGAUUUCGGAAAGGGGCAUAUGACACAACAAGGCCAUACCAUGGCUAACUAUUUUCCCAUGUAUUACCCUCAGCCACCCAGUUGUGCCCCUCACUUCACUGUAGAAGGUUUCCAACCUCAGUAUAUGGGCCCUCCCUGGCCGUCCAGUGGUUGGGACUCCUAUCGUCCUCAAUCUUUCGCAGACCUAGAGCCUUUGCCGGAAUCUGGUGCUCGACCUCUGAAAAGAGACAGAAAGUACUCAAGCUCCUCUUCGUAUUCUUCCGCAUCAUCUUCCUCUAUCUCAUAUUCUUCCUUCACGAGCAGUGGAGCAAGUGACGGUAAGGAGGGUGAACGAAGACAAAGACAGAGGCGGACGACCAAAGGCUCAAGAAGGGAAAGAGGGAGUCGGUCAAAAGCUGCAAGCUCAGAUAAGGCAAGACGCAGGCAACAAAAGAGACCAAGAAAUGAUCACUCGGAGGAGAGGAGAGAUGAUAACAGGGAACCAGGGAAAGAAGAGAGGAGAAAGAAAUGCAAAUACCACAGCAAGGAGAAAUGGCAAGGAAGGAAACUUGUAGAGGAAAAAGUCAAGGACAGCGUAGCGCCACCUGACAUGAUGCAAACUAGACAUCAGACAGAAGGGCAUGUGCAGCCAAAUAACAAACAGGAACAACACACAAAUGUUACAUUUAAAAGAGACAAGAAGAAAACAAAAAUGAUAGACAAUAGGACAGAGGAGGAGAGGUUGUGGGAUGAUUCCAUUCUAGGCUGUUAAACCCAGGAAGGGCAUCUUAAUAUGGCCAUCUUUCCAUUUUCUGUACCGCUUAUCCUCACUUAGCAUCGGCCGUGCUGGUGCUUAUCUCAGCGGACUACUGCCGAGAGGUGGUUGAUCUAGUCAUGAGUCAAUCGCAGGGCACACAUAGACAAAACAACCAUUCACAUGCGCAUGGGUAAUUUAGAGACUUCAGUCAACCUACCACGCAUGGUUUUGGAAUUUUGGGAGAAAACCCACACAAGCACGGUGAGAGCAUGCAAACUUCAUACAGGUGAGGCUGAAUUAGAGACUGGAUCCUCAGAACUCUCAGGCAGAUUUGCUAACCAGCAGCAUCUGAAUAUGUGAGCAUAACAUUUUAACAUAUUUUAAGGGCAAAACCACUCAUCUGUAAAAAUCAAAUUGGGAAAAUGAUUGAGUUCAUUUUUUUUUGUUCGUACUAGCUGGCUAGUCAUUCUUGGGCGGCAAUUAACUUAUUCACAUAUGACGGUAACUCUCAUAUCCACAUAUUUUUAAACUACAUUUUUUUCCACACAUAAUUUACACUUUCAAUUGUCAAUCGCACAAAUGUCCCUUUUCAUUUUCAGCACAAUUGAAAAGAUUAUGAAGAAGCCAAAUUUUGGAUUGGGGUUUGUAAUUUCUUUAGCAGCCUGUCGUGGGCGCUUUUGCGUUAGUGAAUUCUCUCUACUCGCCAACCUUUCUGAACCCGAACGCUGAACUGAUUAAUGCGAAAGGCUACCACUUUUCUACAAAGUAAUGACGUAAUACAUUUGCUCAAAUUAUU